GAUUACAGGCGUGAGCCACCGCAUCUGGCCCAAUCCGGUAAUUUAAAAAAAGAGAGGUCAGACUGAGAUGCAGCACAGUCAGGGCAAAAUUACCCUGAGAAUAGCCACUUCACAAAGAUCUGGUGAAGCUUUUCUAAGAUGAGCAAAUUUGGGCAACAUAUUUCAUGUGUCCAAAUGUUCUGUUUCUUACCCUUAGGUAACUACUAAAAUGCAUUAUACAAGCAGACCCGGGUAAGGGAAAGAGCAAGUGUAUUUGAAGCCUCAGCUCACUUGUUAAUUAGCUGUAAUUCAUGUGAUCCCGCCUACUUGAGCCUGUUUCCUCGUCCAAAAAAUGCACUAAUGCUGGGGAGGGUGGGGGUGGGAGGUGUUCCUGGGGCUUUAUCCAAUCAGUGGCGCUGGCGUGGGAACCGUUCAAUCAGAAGCGCCGUUGGAGAGGAGGGCGUGGCUUCCGGCGAGUGGCGGGGCCUUUGUCUCUCGCACCCGCCCGAAGUUGGGAUCCAUCUCUGCUCUUCCGCUCUUCCACCUCGGUAUCCACCCCAACUCCGUGACUUUGUCACAGCUUCCGUUGCCCUGUGAUCUGCAGGUCCUGGGAGACGCAGAGCUAAGAUGCCAGGACAUCCUGGAAGCUGGGAAAUGAUGGAUUGGUGCCUCUCAGAUCAAGGUUCAGCACACCUGUGAGACUGUGAUUUUACUGAGGAGACACAGUCUGCAGAAGAGAUUGAGGCUGUUAUGCAUGGAUUCAUCUACACUGAGAUUGUGACUUCUGUACUUAAACCCAACAUCCAAAUGGUAUUGACUCUCAUACCUAGAAUGAAGACAUGUGAAGAAUUGUUUUCUCAUUUCUGGGUCUUUCUGCAGGUAUGAUUGUGACACAUGCCACUGCUCAGAACAUGAGUGAUUUGACUCCUGCCUGGGCCCAGCACACAGAUAGGAUUGCGACAUAUCGCUGGACCCAGCAUGUAGAUGAUGUGACCCUAUACACUUCCCUUGGUGCUGCCACAGAGGGCAUUGUGACAUAUCGGUAGUCCCUGCACCCAGGGACCAUUGACAUUUAUGGAUGUGGCCAUAGAAUUCUGUCUGGAGGAGUGGCAAUGCCUGGACACUGCACAGCAGAAUUUAUAUAGGAAUGUGAUGUUAGAGAACUACAGAAACCUGGUCUUCCUGGGCAUUGCUGUCUCUAAGCCAGACCUGAUCACCUGUCUGGAGCAAGAAAAAGAACCUUGGAAUAUGAAGAGACAUGAGAUGGUUGCCAAAUCCUCAGUUACGUGUUCUCAUUUUGCCCAAGACUUUUGGCCAGAACAACAUCUAAAAGAUCCUUUCCAAAAAGUGACACUAAGAUAUAAAAACUGUGAACAUAAAAAUUUACAUUUAAAAAAAGACUGUAAAAGUGUGGAUGAGUGUAAGAUGCACAGAGAAGGUUAUAAUGGAUUUAACCAAUGUUUGCCAACUACCCAGAGAAAAACAUUUCUAUUUGAUAAAUGUGUGAAAGCCUUUCAUAAAUUUUCAAAUUCAAACAGACAUAAGAUAAGCCAUACUGAAAAAAAACUUUUCAAAUGUAAAGAAUGUGGCAAAUCAUUUUGCAUGCUUUCACAUCUAACUCAACAUAAAAUAAUUCAUACGAGAGUGAAUUUCUGCAAAUGUGAAAAAUGUGGAAAAGCCUUUAAGUGGCCUUCAAUCAUCACUAAACGUAAGAGAAUUUGUAGUGCGGAGAAACCCUACACAUGUGAUAAAUGUGGAAAAGCCUUGAACAGGUCCUCACGCCUUACUACACAUAAAAAAAUUGAUACUGGACACAAACUCUACAAAUGUGAAGAAUGUGGCAAAGCCUUUAACUGGCCCUCAACUCUUACUAAGCAUCAGAGAAUUCAUACAGGAGAGAAACCCUACACAUGUGAAGAAUGUGGCAAAGCCUUUAACCAGUUCUCAAACCUUACUACACAUAAGAGAAUCCAUACUGCAGAGAAAUUCUACAAAUGUACAGAAUGUGGUGAAGCUUUUAGCCGGUCCUCAAACCUUACUAAACAUAAGAAAAUUCAUACUGAAAAGAAACCUUACAAAUGUGAAGAAUGUGGCAAAGCUUUUAAGUGGUCCUCAAAGCUUACCGAACAUAAGUUAACUCAUACUGGAGAGAAACCCUACAAAUGUGAAGAAUGUGGCAAAGCCUUUAACUGGCCCUCAACCCUGACUAAACAUAACAGAAUUCAUACUGGAGAGAAACCCUACAAAUGUGAAGAAUGUGGCAAGGCCUUUAAUCAGUUCUCAAAUCUUACUACACAUAAGAGAAUUCAUACUGCAGAGAAACCCUACAAAUGUGAAGAAUGCGGCAAAGCUUUUAGCCGGUCCUCAAACCUUACUAAACAUAAGAAAAUUCACAUUGAAAAGAAACCCUACAAAUGUGAAGAAUGUGGCAAAGCUUUUAAGUGGUCCUCAAAGCUUACCGAACAUAAGAUAACUCAUACUGGGGAGAAACCCUACAAAUGUGAAGAAUGUGGCAAAGCUUUUAACCAUUUCUCAAUUCUUACCAAACAUAAGAGAAUUCACACUGGAGAGAAACCCUACAAGUGUGAAGAAUGUGGCAAAGCUUUUACCCAAUCCUCAAACCUUACUACACAUAAGAAAAUUCAUACUGGAGAGAAAUUAUACAAAUGUGAAGAAUGUGGCAAAGCUUUUACCCAAUCUUCAAACCUUACUACACAUAAAAAAAUUCAUACUGGAGGAAAACCCUACAAAUGUGAAGAAUGCGGCAAAGCUUUUAACCAGUUCUCAACUCUUAGUAAACAUAAGAUAAUUCACACUGAAGAGAAACCCUACAAAUGUGAAAAAUGUGGCAAAGCCUUUAAGUGGUCCUCAACCCUUACUAAACAUAAGAAGAUUCAUACUGGAGAGAAACCCUACAAAUGUGAAGAAUGUGGCAAAGCUUUUAAACUAUCCUCAACCCUUUCUACACAUAAGAUUAUUCAUACUGGAGAGAAACCCUUCAAAUGUGAAAAAUGUGGUAAAGCUUUUAACCGAUCCUCAAACCUUAUUGAACAUAAAAAAAUUCAUACUGGAGACCAACCCUACAAAUGUGAUCAGUGUGGCAAAGCAUUUAACUAUUCCUCACACCUUAAUACACAUAAGAGAAUUCAUACUAAAGAGCAACCCUACAAAUGUAAAGAAUGUGGCAAAGCUUUCAACCAAUAUUCAAACCUUACUACACAUAACAGAAUUCAUGCUGGAGAGAAACUUAACAAACCUGAAGCUGUGACAGUGAUUUCGACAACACCGCAAACUUUAUAAAACAUAAAUUAUACUGGUGUGAAAUCCUAGAAAUGUAAAGAAUGUGACAAAGCCUUUAAAUGGUUGUCACACUUGAUUGUAGGUAAAGUCAUAUAUAUUGGAGUAAACAACUACAAGUAUGAAGAACGUGGCAAAACUUUUAAUUCUCAUACCUUAUUGUAUGGGAAAUAAUUUUUAUUUCAGAAAAGGUGUACACACAGAAGAAUGGAAAAACCGUUAAUAUCUGCUCAUAUCUUACUCAACAUUAGAGAGUCUGCACUUAAUAAAACCAUUAUAAAUGCAAUUAGUGUCAAAAGCUCAGAAAAUAUAGCCCUUUAAAGUGAAGAGGAGUAUUCUGAAGACAAACAUUACAAAUAUAAAGAGGGCUAUCGUACCAUUAUUUGUAUCACCGAUCUUACACACAUUUUGUACUAGAGAAAACCCUGAAGCAGUUGCUUAAAUAUUGUUCAACAUCAGAAAAUUUAUAUUGGAGGAAACCCCUGGAAAUGUAAUAAAUUUAUAAAAACAGUUUUAAAAAUGUAUAGCUUAUAAAACAUAAGAGUCUGUAAUA